AUGCGGCUGCAGUGCGAGGUGGAGGUGCUCAGCCGGCUCCUGCCCACCUGCGGGCUGCGGGGCCGCGGCCGCGCCGCGCGGGCGCUGCUGUCGCUCGGGCGCCCUCCCGGCGCCGCCGGUGCCGGGAUUUACCUCAUGGUGUGCACGGCGCGGGACCGCGGCGGGGCUCGCUACAAGGUGCAGCAGAACGUGGAGCGGCUCUUCACGCGCUUCGUGGAGGAGGGAAAGGCCACGGUGCGGCUGCGGGAGCCCGCGGUGGAUCUGUGCCUCAGCAAGGCAAAUGUGAUCAAUUUAAAGACUUUCCUUUCAGCCGUGAGACUGGCUCACCAAGGCAACGACAGCGGUGUCCUCCCUCUCUCACCUCUGGUCCCAGCCAAGAACUCCGACGUGGAGAAGCCCAAAACCAAAAUGAUCAUCACUUCCAGGAGGGAUUAUCCCCUCACCAAGAGCUUCCCCUUCUCCCUGGAGCACCUGCAGACCUCGUACUGCAAGCUGGCCAGGAUCGACAGCCGGGUGCUGAGCCUGCGGCGGCUGCGCAAGCUGGACCUGAGCCACAACCACAUCAAGCAGCUGCCGGCCACGCUGGGGGACCUGGCCUUCCUGCAGGAGCUCGACCUGCACGACAACCACCUGGAGGCCUUCAGCGGGGCCCUGUGCAGCUCAGGCCUGCAGAAAUCCCUGCAGCUGCUGGACCUGAGCCAGAACCAGAUCCAGGCGCUGCCGCUGGAGUUCUGCCAGCUGCGGGGCCUGGUGCAGCUGCGGCUGGACGACAACGCCCUGCUGCGCCUGCCCUGCCGCAUCGGGCAGCUGAGCCGCCUGCGCGUGCUGUCGGCCGCGCGCAACAAGCUGCCCUUCCUGCCCUGGGACUUCAGGAACCUCUCCCUGGAGAACCUGGACCUCUUUGGGAACCCCUUUGAGCAGCCCAACCCGCUGGUGCCCAACAUCCAGCUGAAGAUCCCCCUGACUCUGCUGGAGUGUGCCGCCAGGGCCACGGUCAAUCACAGGAUCCCUUAUGGCUGCCACCUGCUCCCUUCCCACCUGUGCAAGGACCUGGAGGUGGCCAAGACGUGUCGCUGCGGGAGCGCCUGCCUGAGCAGCUUCAUCCAGAUCACGGUGACCAUGAACCUGCACCACGUGGCGCACACCGUGGUGCUCGUGGACAACAUGGGCGGCACCGACGCGCCCGUGCUCUGCUACUUCUGCUCCCUGCACUGCUACUCCCAGUUCCUGGACAGGCACCUCCAGAGCCACGGCUGACACGGCCACGACGGGCUGGCGUUGGCCAGGAGGGGCUGCGGGGCACGGGGGAGCCUGGAGGUGUCACCUGCGGUGUCACCGGAGCUCCCUACGGGGACAGAUCCCUCUGGGAGGGAGCAAGGGGACGUGGCCUGGUCUGGCUCUUCUCCUCCUUGGAGAGAGAGGGGACACAGCCUGGCCCGGCCUUGCUUUUGUCCCCCUGGGAGGCAGGGGACACGGCCUGACCUUCUCCCCCUCUGGAGACAAAUCCCUCUGGGAGGGAGGGGACACAGCCUGGCCUGGCCUGGCCUGGCUCUUCUGCCCCUCUGGGAGGGAGGGGACACAGCCUGGCCUGGCCUGGCCUGGCUCUUCUCCUUCUCUGGAAGGGAGGGGACACAUCCUGACCUCCUCCCCCUCUGAGAGGGAGGGGACACGGCCUGACGUGGCCUGGCCUGAUCUCCUCCCGCUCUGGAAUCUCCUCUGCCUGUAGCACCAAGCAGUGUUGAGCUGGAGAGAGCCUCCCUUGGAAUGUAUUUCCCUUCUCCUGCGUGCUCGGGGUUUCUGGCUUUGUGGGUAGGUGCUUCCUUCUUGGAAGGACAAAGGGAAUUUGAGUUUAUCCCAGAUUUCCCCAUGUGAGCUCUGCCAGGCCAGCACUGCACUCCCCUCCUGCCAGUGGAGGAGAAAUCCCAUCCAGAGCAGUUGUGGAAUCCCAGGUGCUUCUUUUUUUGAAAGGUUCUGUUACAACAUUCCCACUCGGAGCAGGGACCAGCAUUGCUGGGUUUUUACCAGAGCAAAUGUUUGUUUUUGGGGUUUCUCUCUUUGUGAUACCAGAAAUGUCUUUUUUCUAAAUACAUGCCUGAAACUUUGUUUCUUAAUCCUCCUGUUUUAACCAUUCUGGAAUUUGUUUCACUGUGUUGACUGAUUAAAUUUUGAAAGCCUUCCA